AUGCCCAGGAAGGCCCUCCUCAUCAGCUGUCUUUCCGCCGUCCCUUCCAAAAAACUAAGAGCAUCCCUUGACUUGACUUACGUGAUCCGAACCACGGUCGCUACAGAACGGCUCCCAUUGCCAGUUAGCGCCACCACCGCACCACCUCAAAUUGUCGAGGCUGCGAUCUUGCAUGCUGUUGCCAAAGUGGAAGAUGCAAAUAAGAUCCUCAAUGUUAUUGCUGGCCUGCUCAAAAAAAUUUGUUUAGAUGGAAGUUUAGUCCCCGAAAUCGUUUCUAUUCCAGACUUCAUCAGUAGCAUCGUAAUCCCAGUUCGCAUCCAUCUCCGUGAAAGUCGCUGCCCGCGCUUAUCUGUACGCGCCCUUCGUCUUCGCUCCCGCCCCGUGCUUGGUGAGCAGGGGGGUGUUAUGGCGGUUCAACCUGAGCAUCCAACAGAUGCUUCAGUACCCUUUAGUAAAGUUAAGUCUAAUCUGCUAACUCUUACUGAGCACCAUAAUUCAGACAUUGGAAGUCUCCUUGAGUCCCUUGCAAAUGAUAAAACCAAGCUCACUCUCGUUCAGGCUAAGCUAAGUUCGGUUCUAACCACGGUUGAAGAAUACAGGAGCGAAAACGCUCUAGUACGUUGA